UUUUUUUUUUUUUUGUUGUUGUUGUUUCGUUCGUGUCACACAACAAUGCUGGCUUUUGAUGUGGACGCGUGGCUCGAGCCGCAUGCGCUCACGCUCGGCUUUUCUGUUGACAAGCUCAAGCUCGUGAUCUGCCUGCUGGCUGCCUAUCUGAUCUCGUUCGGUCACAAGAUGCUGCCGUCCCCGACCACCAAGCAUCUGUACUCUGCGACGGCCGGCUUCCUGUUUGGCAUCUUCUGCUUUGGCUUGACGCAGAUGGCGCUGCCGCUCGCCAUGGCCAUCCCGGUCUACGCCCUCAGCUUUGUCCCCAACCCCAAGGUGCCCCUCGUCUCGUUCGUCUUCUGCCUCUUUUUCAUGUGCAUCUGCCACAUGGUGCGCCAGUACUACGACUACGGCGGCUACACUCUCGACGUCACUGGUCCGCUCAUGAUUCUCACCACCAAGCUCACCGCCUACGCCUUCACUGUUGCCGACGGCCGCCGCUUUGAAAAGUGCACUCCCGAUCAACAAAAGUACGCCACCCGCCAGGUGCCCUCGGUUCUCGAGUUUGCCGGCUUUGUCUUCUUCUACGGUGGCUUCCUCUCUGGCCCUGGUAUCGAGUUCCAGGACUACAUGCGCUUUACCAACUUGACUGUUUUCCCUAACGGCAAGAUUCCCAGCACCAUCAAGCCUGCCCUGAUGCGCUUCCUUGCUGGCAUUUUCUUCAUGGUUUCGGUUGUCCUCGCUGGCCAGUUCAUCCCCAACAUGUACAUCAAGACCGCCGAGUUCCAAAACGACCGCUCGUUCUUCUUCAAGGUCUUUUACGUCAUUACCGGAGUUGCCUCUUCGCGUCUGCCGUACUACUUUGCGUGGAUUAUGGCCGAGGGCGGUUGCGUUGCCGCUGGUCUUGGUUACAACGGCGUCGACAAGAGCGGUCAAAUCCAGUGGAACGGCGUCGCCAACGUCAACCCCAUCGCGAUCGAGACUGCCACGAGCUUCAAGGUUGUCAUUGACAACUGGAACAUUAACACCAGCAACUGGCUGCGCCGCUAUGUUUACGAGCGUCUCACCCCUGCCGGCAAGAAGGCUCCUCUUUACGUUACCGUUGCCACUUACAUGACCUCCGCCUUCUGGCAUGGAUUCUACCCUGGUUACUACCUCACCUUCGCCUGCGGCGCUCUCGUCACCGAGACUGCUCGCAACCUGCGCCGUCGUUUCCGCCCUCUCGUCAUGGAGGCAGACGGCAAGACCCCUAAGCCAACCAAGGUUGCCUACGACGCUGCUGGCUGGUUUGUCACCCAGUUCACCCUUGACUACAUUUGCGCCGCCUUUAUCAUUCUGACCAUCGAGGAUUCGCUCAACUUCUACGAGUCCAUCUACUUCUGUGGCCACAUUGGCAUUGCCCUCGCCAUGCUGUACUUCAACCAAGUUGCCAAGCAGGAGCGUGCUGCCGCCAAGCGUGCCGCUCGCGAAGCCAAGGACGGCGCUGCUCCCGUCGCUGCCCCGGCCACCACUGCCGCAUCCCCUGUCGCGGCCAGCUCCCCCGUCACGCGUUCGCGCAAGGCGGAUUGAGCACUGAGCAAGCAGAUUUUUCGUGUGUUCUGAUACCUUCUCCUUUGUUUUUUGCCCUCGCGAAUCGCUUGAUUUUGUUUUGUGUAGUCUCCUCUUUUCCCCCUGUUUCAGAGUGUUGCUAGUGGGAAACCCCCAUCACAAUACAAACAGAUGCCCCCCAAA